GAUACACUAUAUGUUCCAUCAAAUAUUGUGAAGAGAUUAAUUAAGAACCGCCGAUUAAGUAAAGGCAUGGAUAUCAAAUUAGCCAAGACUAAUAUACGAAAACAAGUGGGAGGCAGUCUAUCAACCAGUAAUUUAUCAAUGGGCAGAGCCCUAGCACCAACAAUUGGCAAAACACUUGGUUUGUCAGCGUUAGCAGGUCUUGCUAGUGAAGAUGCCAGUCAAUUGGUAAAAAAGAUAUCUGAAGGUAAUAUAUUCACUGAUGUGGUAGACUUUGGAAGAAAAUUAGAAAAACGAUAACUGGAGGGCAAGUAGGAGGUUUUUUAAUCCCGCAGAAUAAAAUCAAUCGGUUGAUUGCAUAUAAACACCUUCUAUCCGCAAAACAAACAGGAUAUUCUUAA